AUACAUUAUAAGGUCAUAGGUCCCAGUUAGUUGUAAAAGACUGGAGACUCAGUGUAGUUAUGGCUUUCACAAAUUACAGCAGUCUGCAUCGAGCUCAGCUAACCUUCGAAUAUCUGCACACAAAUUCAACCACUCAUGAAUUCUUAUUUGGUGCUCUUGCUGAACUGGUUGAUAAUGCAAGAGAUGCUGAUGCCACCAGAAUAGAUAUUUAUGCGGAAAGGCGAGAGGACCUUCGAGGAGGAUUUAUGCUUUGCUUUUUGGAUGAUGGAGCAGGAAUGGAUCCAAGUGAUGCUGCCGGUGUGAUCCAGUUUGGGAAGUCGGCCAAGCGAACUCCUGAGUCCACCCAGAUUGGGCAGUACGGGAAUGGGUUAAAAUCGGGCUCGAUGCGCAUUGGCAAGGAUUUUAUCCUCUUCACCAAGAAAGAAGGCACCAUGACUUGCCUCUUCCUGUCUCGCACCUUUCAUGAGGAGGAGGGCAUUGAUGAAGUGAUAGUCCCAUUGCCUACCUGGGAUGCUCAGACCCGGGAACCCAUCACAGACAAUGUGGAGAAGUUUGCCAUUGAGACAGAACUUAUCUACAAGUACUCUCCCUUUCACACUGAGGAGGAAGUGAUGGUCCAGUUCAUGAAGAUUCGUGGGGACAGUGGGACACUGGUGAUCAUCUUUAAUCUCAAACUCACAGAUAAUGGCGAGCCAGAACUAGACAUCAUCUCAAAUCCAAGAGAUAUCCAGGUGACAGAGACCUCCCCAGAGGGCACGAAGCCAGAGCGGCGCUCGUUCCGAGCCUACGCUGCUGUGCUCUACAUUGAUCCCCGGAUGAGGAUCUUCAUCCAUGGGCAUAAGGUGCAGACCAAGAGGCUCUCCUCCUGCCUGUACAGACCCAGGAUGUACAAGUUCGCGUCAAGCCGUUUCAAGACCCGGGCAGAGCAGGAGGUGAAGAAAGCAGAGCAUGCAGCAAGGAUUGCUGAAGAGAAGGCACGGGAGGCGGAGAGCAAAGCGCGGACAUUAGAACUGCGUCUAGGUGGAGACCUGACUCGGGACUCCAGGGUGAUGCUGCGACAGGUGCAGAACACAGCUAUCACCCUGUGCAGAGAAGCUGAUGUCAAGAGGAGGAUCAAGGAGGCCAAGCGGAGAGCACUUAAGGAACCUAAGGAACUGAACUUCACUUUCGGGGUCAACAUUGAACACCGGGACCUUGAUGGCAUGUUCAUCUACAACUGUAGCCGCCUGAUCAAGAUGUAUGAGAAAGUGGGUCCACAGCUGGAAGGGGGCAUGGCCUGUGGUGGGGUCGUUGGGAUUGUUGAUGUGCCCUACCUGGUCCUGGAGCCCACACACAACAAGCAGGACUUUGCUGAUGCCAAGGAGUACCGACACCUACUGCGAGCUAUGGGGGAGCAUCUGGCACAGUACUGGAAGGAUAUUGCUAUUGCCCAGCGGGGUAUCAUCAAGUUCUGGGAUGAAUUUGGCUACCUCUCCGCCAACUGGAACCAACCCCCAUCCAGUGAGCUGCGUUACAAACGCCGGAGAGCUAUGGAAAUCCCGACCACCAUCCAGUGUGAUCUGUGUCUGAAGUGGAGGAUCCUCCCCUUCCAGCUGAGUUCUGUGGAAAAAGAUUACCCCGACACUUGGGUUUGCUCCAUGAACCCUGAUCCUGAGCAGGACUGGUGUGAGGCUUCUGAACAGAAGCAGAAGGUUCCUCUGGGGAUAUUCAAAAAAGACUCAAAGACACAGGAAGAGAAGGAGAAACAGCUGACCGAGAAAAUUCGCCAGCAGCAGGAGAAGCUGGAGGCCCUUCAGAAAACCACACCUAUCCGCUCCCAGGCUGACCUGAAGAAAUUGCCCUUGGAAGUGACCACCAGACCUUCCACUGAGGAACCUGCACGUAGACCUCAGCGUCCUCGGUCGCCCCCUUUACCAGCUGUGAUCAGGAAUGCCUUGGGCAGACCCCCUUUGGCGCUAGCUCCCAGACCAGCCAGCCAGCUUCCAAAGGCUCAUAUUAUCAGUAAUGACCUAAAGCCCCCUGCCUUGGCAGCCAGGGAGGAGGCUGGUAUAUCAAGAUUGCUCCAGCCACCAGAGGCACCCGGAGAGCCUAUGAACACACCAGUCAAGACUGAUCCCCAGCCUACCCCUCUGUCAUCAUCUCCACUGCACAACUCCAAGAGCAGCCCAGUGGUUCCUGCCUCUGAAGUCAUCAAGACUCUAGAGGUCCAGAAGUCAGAGCCGCCCACUGAACUCCCCCCAGCUACCCCUGGUCAAAAGAGAAGUCUUGGGGUCUCUGACGAGGAAGAGGCUGAGACGAGGAAGGAAAAGUGCAAGAAGGGCAAAUUUGCUGUGAAGGAGGAAAAAAAGGGAUUGAAUGAGCUCUCAGGGGAAGAAGAGGAUUCAGCUGAGCUGGAGAUGGCUCAGAAGGAGAAAGGGCUGCACGUGGAGGUGCGUGUGAACGGGGAGUGGCACACAGGCCGUGUUACGGCUGUGGAGGUGGGCCAGAAUGUGGGGCGAUGGAAGGUGAAAUUUGACUACGUGCCCACCGACAGGACACCGAGAGACCGCUGGGUGGAGAAAGGCAGCGAGUAUGUGCGGCUGAUGAAGCCCCCUUCUCCAGAGUGUCAGAGCCCUGACACACAGCAGGAAGGUGGUGAGGAGGAGGACGAGGAGGAGGAGGAGCAAGCUAUCGCCAAGGUGGAGCCCUGCACUUGGGAGGAGCCCUGCGCUUCCGAGGACACCUGCGCUUCCGAGGAGCCCUGCGCUUCCGAGGAGCCCUGCGCUUCGGUGGAGCCCUGCGCUUCCGAGGAACCCUGCGCUUCGGUGGAGCCCUGCGCUUCCGAGGAGCCCUGCACUUGGGAGGAGCCCUGCACUUCCGAGGGCAUCCGCAUUGAGCCCAACACUACUGCCCCAAACUCCAGCCAGGAGACCACUGACCUGCUCGUCCGGAUCCUCCAGAAUUGUUUACAGUACUUCCUGCCUCCCAGUUUUCCCAUCUCGAAGAAGGAGCUGAGUGUUAUGAAUUCAGAUGAGCUGAUAGCUUUUCCUCUGAAUGAGUACUUCAGACAGUACGAAGUGGGGAUGCAGAAUCUCUCCCUUUCCUACCAAGGCCGAGCCGACUCAUGGGCCAAGGUUUCUGAGGAACGCCUGCGCACCUCGGAGAGGAAGCUGCGUGAGACCGAGGACAAGCUACAGAGACUGAGGACCAACGUCAUGGCACUCCUGCAAAAGGUGCGGGAGGACAUAGUCGUCAAAACAGACGAUGAGCUGGACGCCUACGUCCAGGACCUCCUCACCCAGGGGUACUGAGUGUGGGAGCCGGAGAUCAGCUCCCUUGCCCAGCUGCCUUUCAACUCAGCAGCUUCGGGGAUGGGGAAUUUAUUUAUGGGUUGGUGGACUUACCUUGGUUGGACUCAU